AUGUUUGGGGUGUGCCGACAGCGCCACCGUGCGAUGGUGACCGUGCACGUGCCGCUCAUUUUUCAGGACAACGGCGCAGGCGAAGGCCUCACGAACUAUCGUCGGCGGUUCAAUCUGGACGCAUUUCGCCAUCUCGAAUGUUUCCAUCUGAAACGCAUGCUGUAUGCGUACAUUUCUGAACUUCGGGCUCUGCUCGGAACGCCGCACACAGGCUCAGAGGGCGUCUCUUUGAAAAGCAUGUCUCCUCGGCAGACUGGCAUUGGGACAGAUUGGUCGCCUGAUCGACGCCACGAGUCUGCUGACAUCCCUGUCGAACACACCGGCCGCGAUUCCGCUCAUCCUCAGUAUAAACUGCACAUCAUGAAGAUUUUGGAGGCGGAGACUGUGGGCGACUUGGAGGCUUACCUCGAGGUCUUCUCGCUGUGUCUCAACUUGUGUAUCACGCCGGGCGACCUCUCCAGCAACGCGUGCGAAUUGUUGGCAUCUGCGCUGCGACACUUAGAGAAGCAAGAAAAACGACGCUCGGCCCCGAAGACACUUCAGGCCCAGGGAAAAGACGGAGCGGGCGAUUCCUGCGAAGACCCCGCGCUCUCACGACGUGGCAAAGGCAAGGCAGAUGGCGGGUCGUGCGAAGCAGAAGCGCGGAAGCACGAGAACAGCCUGUCUCCGGCGAAAUCUGCGCGCUCGCACGCAGGGGAUCACGCCGACCGGACGCCUUGGUACGGGUCUGAAGGCGAUUCACUGAGCGACUCAGGCCUCUCCACAGACUGCGAAUUCGGUUGGGAAGAAACGUGCCGUCGGGGAGGACCACAUUCGCGCACGGAGCGGACCCGACAAACAUGCCUCCGGGGCCCUCGGAGGAGACGACGCCUACAGCCACGACCGGACCAGCUGCUCGAGCUGGACCACGCCAAGACUGUCUGCCUCCGGCAGCUGCGAUGGCUGAAAACAGCCGUUCCCGCCUGGGCAACACGAAGCAAGAGCUAUCAGUCCCAUCUCUCGCUGGUCCUGCGCGCGACGAGCGUGCCUCAACUGACGAAUUACCUCAUCAUCUUCUCCAAUCUCGAGCCGGACCCCGACGGGAAAUUUCCUGUGACCCUCGCUUCUCUUACGGAAUGCCUCGAGGAGUUGCACGUCCUGCAGCACCUAGAUCAACCUCCGUUCACCUCCGGCGGGCAGUCGGAAUCCGUCGCUGCGAAUCCGUUGCACACGCAACUGCCGUUGACCCCCCACGAGAUUUCGAGUAAUCUCGCGUCGUUCUUCCAGCGCCAAGCCGGCGGUAGGCCGCAUGCGAAGCCUGAACGGCCUCUGGGCCACUUGGGCGGGCGGAAAGCGAGCGGCCGGCAUGUGGGUCAGGGCGCCGUGACAAAGAAGAGACUCCUUGCCGCACAGCUGGAGGAUGAAGUCGUGAGCAAUCUCCGCAAAACGCGGAGGCAGGGCGACGCGUGGCUACUGGAUUCACCAACUGCGUCGAAAAAUGUGGACACUCGUCGGCCAUCUGCAGAUGAGGAACUCGCCACGCCGUCCGGAAGCGCGGCGGCCGGCACGGGAAGGAAAGGUACGUCGUAG